AUGAGGAUGGCUACCAAAGCCAACACGGACUAUGCCCGCUCACGAAAGCGAAAGAUGCAGCUCCUAAAAAUCACUAUGGCCUGGAAUAUAUACUGGAUCGCUCUACUUUUAUUUUCCGUGCUCUUGGCACAGCAAGUUUCUUCACAAGAUAUAUCAAGCUGUGCAGGGAGAUGUGGGGAAGGGUAUUCUAGGAAGCAUGACUGCCAAUGUGAUAGUAACUGCCAACUCUACAUGGAGUGCUGCACAGAUUACAAGAGAGUCUGCAUUCCAGAACUCUCCUGUAAAGGACGUUGCGCUGAAGCAUUCAAAAGAGGGAGACAAUGUGAUUGUGAUACUGAUUGUGCAAGAUUUGGCAAGUGUUGUCCAGACUACAAAGAAGCAUGCUUAGUAGUUCAGACUACCUCGGCACCACCAAAGACUACCGCUACAACCCCAUCAACCACCACAACCACCACCACCCCACUGUUAAGAACUACCACCAAACCACCAACUACAACACCAAAACCAAAGUCAACAACCAAACGUUCACCCAAAACUAAACCCAAACCAAAGCCUGCAAAGAAGAAAAAGAAACAAAAGAAAGUGUCCCAUGAAGUUAUGGAAGAACAUUCUAAACAGUCCUCCUCCUCUUCCUCCUCCUCAACCAUUCGGAGAACUAAGGCUUCAUCAAGAAAUUCUGGUGAUAAGCGCAAGAAGAAAAAUGGUAAAAAUGAUGAGGAAAUAGAAGAAACAGAAAAAGCUAAAAAAUCAUCAAAGUCAUCAUCCAAAGCUGUAAAAUCCAAAGCUGUAAGAGUGAUAUCGGAGGAGGAUGGCAGUGGGGUAGACAAUGUAGUGACAACAGUAGCUACCACAACUACCACAACUUCUACUACAAGUCAACCUUCUAGUACAACAAGGCAGCCUUCUACUACAACCACGACAAAGCAGGCUUCUACUACAGUUACAACGAAACAGCCUUCUACUACAACCACAGUGAAGAAACCUUCCACCACAACAAGGCAGUCUUCUACUAUGACCACCAUAAAGCAAACUCCUACUACAACCAAAGCUGUGGCAACUCCUAGUAUGACUGCAAUGCAGCUGCUUUCUACUGCUGUUACAACAACGUCAGCUUCUACUACGACCACAACAAGGCUGCCUUCAACUACGACCACAACAGGAGAGCCUUCUACUUCAUCCACAACAAGACUGCCUUCAACUACGACCACAACAGAAAAGGCUUCUACUACGUCCACAACGAGAGAGCCUUCUACAACGGCAAAUCAACCUGACACGGAGCGUACAACCAAAGGAAAUAAAGGUAUUGAAUCAACUUCUUUGUUUGAAGACCAUAUUAUCCAAACCCCUUCUCCCCAAUCCAAAAAAGUAACCACAUCCUUCAGCAUUACUACCACAAAACCAUUGAGGCCAAAUACUAGCUUGCCACCUCACACUUCUUCAAGUAUUAGUAAAAUACUGACUUCUACUGUGGCUAAAGUCACAGGUAUGACUUCUAUGAAAACCACAACUACUCCAGCUGAAGGGACAACAACAAUAUCCAAAAGAGACACUACUACUGUAGCUAUGGAAGCAACUUCAACAGCCGACAGAGACACAACCAAUGCAAACAGCCAGGCUGUAACAAGAAUGGAAAAAAGUGAAGCAACAAAUGAAAUUGAUAAAAGUGAUAUCACAGCUGCAAAUAAAGAGAAUACAAUAAUAGACACUAAAGACACAAAUAGUAAUUUAGGCACUGCAAGUCCAAUACAGACAGCAGAUAUUACAACCACAGGGACUCUAAUAACUGAUAAAUCCGAUGCGACUGCAGAUUCCAAAGAAGCAACCACUGCAGAUAAGGAAACAACAUCUGUGGAAAGAAGAGAAUCAACAGCCAUUAAUCAGGAGCCAGGUAUGGAUGAUAAAAAAGACAGUAGUACUGUUCAUGCCACAGUCAUCACUUCAGCUGACAGAGAAAAGGCAACUACACCUCUCAAAGAUACAACUACAAGUAUUGAGAAAGAGAUUAAAGAGUCAACCACAGAGGAUAAUCAAGAGACAGAAAACUCUAAAGAGAGAUCUGUUACCAGAAUCAAAGAAAAAAUGACAGUUGGUGAAAUGGAAACUUCAGAAAAUCAAAAAGAUUCUCGUGCAACUGCUGUUACUGAGGGGAUGCCAACUGAAUUGCUGCCAACCAUAGCCGAUAGCUCAAAAAAAGAGACUAUGACUCCAUCAAGCCCAAAUUCUAGAGAUACUACAAACACAAUAGAAUCAGCAAUUACAUCUCGGACCAUCAGAGAAAUUGAUCAAAGUCAGGAACCAACGAACAAGCCAGAGCAACUUGUAACUCUAGAUAAUUCAGAUCUCAUUCCUGAUGUUCUGCUAAGAGGUACACCUCAGCCUGAGGUUGAUUUUGGAAGUGUGAGACCAGAACAGAGUAGUACAGUGACAGAGACAAUAAUAGAGACUGAUCCAACAAGAGACACAGCCAAUCCUGAUGGUGAUGAUAAAAAUUACAAACCAGAAAGUAGUACUACAGUCAGAGCAUCAACAAUGACACAGACUGAUCCAACAAGCAACACAGACAGGCUUGAUGGCAGUUAUACAAAUGACAAGCCAGGAAGUAGCACAACAGUCACAGAGACAACAGUAACACAGACUGAUCCAACAAAUGAUGCACGCAGACUUGGCAGUGAUAGUAACACACCGGAAGGGACAACUUCUAUCACACAGAGUAUAACACAGUCAGAUCCAACAAGUAGCACAUCAAGCCCUGACAGUGAUGUUAAAAAUGACAUACCAAAGGCAACUACUGCAAUCGCAGAGACAAUAAUACAGACUGAUCUCUCAAGUGACAUACCUACUCCUGAUGGUGAUGAUAAAAAUAAAAAAUCAGGAAGCAGCACUACAGCAGUACUCACAGAGACAACAACAACACAGACUGAUGGAGAUGAUAAAAACGACAAGCCAGAAGGAACUACUAUAGUUGCAGAGACAAAAAUACAGACUGAUCUCCCAAGUGACACAUUUACCCCUGAUGAUGCUGAUAAAAACCAAAAGCCAGAAAGCAGUACCAUAGUCAUGGGGACAACACCAACUGAUCUAGGUGACACAUCCAAUCCUGAGAACACUAACAAAAGUGACAAACCAGAAGGGACUACUAGAGUCACAGAAACAACACAGACUGAUCCAGGUGACACAACCAAUCCUGAUGGUGGUAAUAAAAGUGACAAACCAGAAAGGACUACUACAGUCACAGAGACAAUCAUAACAGAGACUGAUCCAGCAAAUGGCACACCCAGCCCUGUUGGUGAUGAUAAAAGUGACAAACCAGAAAGGACUACUACAGUCACAGAGACAGUCAUAACAGAGACUGAUCCUGCAAAUGGCACACCCAGCCCUGUUGGUGAUGAUAAAAGUGACAGGCCAGAAAGGACUACCACAGUCACUGAGACAGUCAUAACAGAGACUGAUCCUGCAAAUGGCACACCAAGCCCUGUUGGUGACGAUAAAAGUGACAGGCCAGAAAGGACUACCACAGUCACUGAGACAGUCAUAACAGAGACUGAUCCUGCAAAUGGCACACCUAGCCCUGUUGGUGACAGGCCAGAAGGGACUACCACAGUCACAGAGAGAAGCAUAACAGAGACUGAUCCAGCAGAUGGCACACCCAGCCCUGUUGGUGAUGAUAAAAGUGACAGGCCAGAAGGGACUACCACAGUCACAGAGACAGUCAUAACAGAGACUGAUCCAGCAGAUGGCACACCCAGCCCUGUUGGUGAUGAUAAAAGUGACAGGACAGAAAGGACUACCACAGUCACUGAGACAGUCAUAACAGAGACUGAUCCUGCAAAUGGCACACCCAGCCCUGUUGGUGACGAUAAAAGUGACAGGCCAGAAAGGACUACCACAGUCACAGAGACAGUCAUAACAGAGACUGAUCCUGCAAAUGGCACACCAAGCCCUGUUGGUGACGAUAGAAGUGACAGGCCAGAAAGGACUACCACAGUCACUGAGACAGUCAUAACAGAGACUGAUCCAGCAAAUGCCACACCUAGCCCUGUUGGUGAAGAUAAAAGUGACAGGCCAGAAAGGACUACCACAGUCACAGAGACAGUCAUAACAGAGACUGAUCCAGCAAAUGCCACACCUAGCCCUGUUGGUGAAGAUAAAAGUGACAGGCCAGAAAGGACUACCACAGUCACAGAGACAGUCUUAACAGAGACUGAUCCAGCAAAUGGCACACCCAGCCCUGUUGGUGACGAUAAAAGUGACAGGCCAGAAAGGACUACCACAGUCACAGAGACAAUCAUCACAGAGACUGAUCCAGCAAAUGACACACCUAGCCCUGUUGGUGAUGAUAAAAGUGACAGGCCAGAAAGGACUACCACAGUCACAGAGACAGUCAUAACAGAGACUGAUCCAAGAACUGGCACACCAAGCCCUGAAAGUGAUUAUAAAAAUGACAGACCUGCAGAGACGACAACACUCAGAGAGACAGUAAUAACAGAAACAGUAAUAAAAGACACUGAUCCAAGAAGUGGCACACCCAAACCUGAAAGUAAUGAUAAAAAUGACAGACCCGAAGGGACCACAACAGUUACAGAGACGAUAACCAUACAGACCGAUCCAGCAAAUGGCACACCCAACCCUGUUGGUGAUGAUAAAAAUGACAAACCAGAAACAACCACUACAGUCAGAGAAACCAUUACAACAGGAACUGAUCCUUCUUCAAGCGAUCCAGAGAUACAAAAAAUAGCGUCAUCACCCUCUAAGUCACCAAAUGAUGAGCCUAGUCCCAAUGGCAAUAGGAAUGGUGACAGGCCAGAUGAUACUACAGAAAUAAAGGAGACAACAACAAUAAUCACAGAAACUAAUACACCAAAUCCCAAUCAAAAUGACAAGCCAGACAACACAUCCAAAGUCACACAGACAACUACCACCAUCACAACAGAAUACAAUCCACUGAGCGAUUCCCCUAAUCCUGAUGAAAGUGACAGACCAGACAGCGUCACUACAGUCACAAAAACAACCACAACCACAACAGAAUCAAACCCAAAGGACGGUGAUAAAAAUGGCAAGACAGAAGUUAUCACUAAAGUUACACGGAUAACUACUACUACUACUACCACCACCACUCAGAAAAAUACAACUGAACAACCAGAAACAACCACACGUGAUGUUACAACUAAUACAAAAAUUGAUCUUGUUUCAGAUAAACCCACCACAGAAAAUCCAACUAACAAGAAUACAAAUACUACAGUAACACAGGUGACUACAACUUCCUCGGUGACAUCCAAACCUCUCAGCACCCCAACUUCUACAGUUGAUAAGACUACACAGUAUACCUCCACUUUACCUGCCACACUUACAACAAAAAGAAGAGUGAUCUAUUACCCAACUACAAUAUAUUCCACAACAAGAUCUCCUGAGAGAACUCCCAAUAUAACCAGAGAGUAUGUUCGACCAGAAAAGAUUGUCACACCCUUAUUGUACAAAGAUGUUCCUGAAGAAAUGAAUUUGUGUAACAAGAAGCCAGCGGAUGGGAUUGUCCCCUUACAAAAUGGAUCAUUGGCUGUAUUCAGGGGUCAUUACUACUGGUUGCUGAAUGGAACAAGCUCGCCAUCACCUUGCCCUCGUAAAAUCACUGAGGUGUGGGGCAUCCCCUCCCCAAUUGACACAGUCUUCUCUAGAUGUAAUUGUGAUGGAAAAACCUUCUUUCUCAAGGAUUCUCAAUAUUGGCGUUUCACCAAUGACAGGAUGGAUACUGGCUAUCCCAAGCCCAUUAUAAAAGGAUUUGGAGGAUUAAAUGGGAAAAUUGUAGCAGCUCUCUCUGUAGCUAAACACAGGAACAGGCCAGAAUCUGUUUAUUUCUUCAAAAAAGGUGGCAAUGUCCAGCAAUAUACCUACAAACAAGAAGGAACAAAGAAGUGCAAGCAGAAAGCUGUGACUGUGAAAUACCCAGCAUAUAAACCAAGAAUUACAAUGAAGAGGCAGCAGCGCCGCCGCCGCCGCUUUGAACGUGCACUAAGACCUCAUCAGAUUUUUCGCACCAUGAAAGUCCAUCAUUACCCAAUGGUUCAGGUCAGCCAUUAUCCAACAGGAACACUGCAGCAAGAGGGCAGAAUCACAUCAAUCUGGAGAGGAUUUCCAAAAGAAGUUAAUUCUGUUAUCUCGGUACCUAAUUAUCAGAAGCCGGAUGGCUACGAUUACUAUGCUUUUUCUAAAGAUCAAUACUAUAAUCUGGAUGUGGGCAGCAGAAUUGCAAGACCUGUCACUUCACAGACUGGGCAGACUGUGUCCAAAGCCUGGUACAAAUGUCCUUCAGAGUGAUUUGAAAAAACUCAAGGAAGCUGGGGGGAAA